AUGCCUUACAAGCCGUACUACCCCGUCGUUGAGUCCAACCCCAAGGUUUGGAUGGAUAUCGAGAUCGGUGGCAAGUCCGCCGGCCGCGUGACGAUGGAGCUCUUCGCCGACGCCGUCCCCCAGACGGCCGAGAACUUCCGCGUGCUGUGCACGGGCGAGAAGGGCUUUGGCUACUCCAACAGCCCGUUCCACCGUGUGAUCCCGGAUUUCAUGUGCCAGGGUGGCGACUUCACUGCCGGCAACGGCACCGGUGGCAAGUCCAUCUACGGUAGCAAGUUUGCCGAUGAGUCCUUCGUCGGCAAGGCCGGCAAGCACUUCGGCCCGGGCACGCUGUCGAUGGCCAAUGCCGGCCCCAACACGAACGGCUCUCAGUUCUUCCUGUGCACAGCGCCCACGAGCUGGCUGGACGGCAAGCACGUCGUCUUCGGUCAGGUGCUGGAGGGCUACGAUGUUGUCAAGGCUAUGGAGGCCGUCGGCAGCCGCAGCGGCGUCACCUCGAAGCCCGUGCGCGUGUCUGCCUGCGGGCAGCUCUAA